GAAUAGGGAUUGAGGGUCUGUGUGAGUUGGUUGGAGAAGGCAGGAAUUUAGUCUUCUUCCCAUUAGCUCUCCAUCUAGCCUUCUGGCGGCUUAGGACAGCCGACCAACUUUUAAUUUGACUACCGGAAGGCUCCACGGCGGGCACUGACCGUUCCCUCGUGGAGGACUUGGGGGUUCCAAAUGGGGGAGGAGGGGACGGGGGGCACCGUGCACCUGCUGUGCCUCGCGGCCUCCAGCGGGGUCCCCCUGUUCUGCAGGAGCAGCCGAGGCGGCGUCCCCACCCGCCAGCAGCUCCCGUUCUCCGUCAUCGGCUCCCUCAAUGGAGUCCACAUGUUCGGACAGAAUCUGGAGGUGCAGCUGAGCUCUGCAAGGACCGAGGACACGACCGUGGUGUGGAAAAGCUUCCAUGACAGCAUCACCCUCAUUGUUCUGUCAUCUGAGGAGGGCAGCUCAGAACUGAGGCUGGAGAGACUACUCCAGAUGGUGUUUGGGGCCAUGGUUCUUCUUGUGGGACUUGAAGAACUGACCAAUAUCCGAAACAUAGAGAGACUGAAGAAGGAGUUGAGGGCCAGUUACCACCUCAUUGACAGCUUCCUGGGGGAUUCUGAGCUCAUUGGGGACCUGACUCAGUGUGUGGACUGCGUGGUCCCUCUGGAGGGGUCCCUCCUGCAGGAAGGCCUCGCCGGUUUCGCCGAGGCCACUAGCACGGCCUUCGUCAGCCUGGUGGUGUCAGGCCGGGUGGUGGCGGCCACAGAGGGCUGGUGGAGGCUGGGGAUGCCCGAGGCUGUGCUGCUCCCCUGGCUGCUGGGAUCUCUGCUGCCGCAGACCGCUCGCGACUACCCGGUGUACCUGCCCCACGGAAGCCCCACGGUCCCGCACAGACUCUUGACCCUGACGCUGCUGCCGGGCCUGGAGCUGUGUCUGCUCUGCGGGCCGCGACCACUCCUCAGCCAGCUGGAUCCACAGCUCCUGGAGCGUUGGUGGCAGCCGCUGCUGGAGCCGCUGAGGACCUGCGUGCCGCUGGGACCCCGCGCGCUGCCCACUGGUUUCCCCCUGCACGCGGACAUACUCGGCCUGCUACUCCUCCACCUGGAACUGAGACGUUGCCUGUUCACAGUAGAGCUCUCGGAGGACAAAGAGCCUUCUCUGGAUCAACGGCGGCGCCUCCUGCGCUCCUUCUACACCCUGGUCACCUCCAUGCACUUCCCACCAGCCCCAGGUCGCAUAGGGUGGGAGGGAGGGCUGGGAAGAUGUGGCCCAGCUGCCGCGAGCCUGCUACGUGGUGUCGGGGCCCGAGGAGCCGGACACAGGGUGGCGGCUGGUGGCCCUGCAGUCGGGGCCACGGCGGCUGCUGUUAUUGCUGUCCCCUCAGAGUCCCACCCACGGGCUGCGGAGCCUGGCCACCCACACUCUGCACACCCUCUCCCGGCUCCUCUGACCCCAGGCGUGGGUGACAGAAGCAGACACUGGCCGCUAGCAUCUCUCUGUUUAUUCGCUCACAAUAAUACACAGCCCCUGGGCAGAGAGGGGUGGGAGGGGCUACAAGGUGGGGAGGCGGUAGGAGUGGGAGGAGAGGAAGCACCUGCUCCCCAGCCCCUCUCCCCUCUGUGCCUAGGCGGGGAAAGGGUGGGAGGGGGCUCUCCCCUUUACCACCAGAAUGUAAACAGCAGCAGAUGAACAAAAAUAAAAA